UUUAAUUAACACAUAAACGUUAUAAAUCAGUGUUAUCUCAAUGAUAAUAUUAAAAAUUGUAAGAUUCAUAUUGUAAAAUUCAAAUGUGUAAACUACUCAUAAAGAAUUUUAUAAACAUUAUAUAAAUUUGGCUGAUGUUUAAAUUUUCGGAUGAAAUUUGAGAAAAUAAUAAUCAUUUUCUUUUUCUCAGUUUGUAGAAUUUUUUCAGAAUGUACCGAAUUGUUUAACAUAUUAAGAGAAAUCACUCUUAAACACUAUGGAAAUAUCGCAGACGAACUUCAAUUACAAAUAUUGGAGACUAAGAUUAAGGACUCGAUUGUGAAAGCGAGUGAAAUGUUAAACUUGGAAAACUUUGAAUCUUCCGAUUGUGAGCCUGAUUUCUCUUCAUUUUGUCCUCAAAAUUGGUAUUAUUUGGGUGACGGCGUACACUGUAAGGCAGACUCUGGUUAUAAUGGUCCUUGUGACAGGGUCAUGGACUUUUCAGAUAAAACCCCUCUGGACAAGUUACGAAUAUCAAAUGACUGCUCAGUUCAAUGGCCUUGUAAAUUAAACAAAUUAACAUUUAUUCCCAAAAACAUCUUACAAUGUCCCAAAUUCUGGUAUACUCACGAAGAAUUGUGUGUACCACAUGAGAGUUAUAUGGGAGUUUGUAAUUCAAUAUCAUUAGAGGAUUUAUCAAAGGACAGGGAAAAGUUAACAUUAAAAUGUGGUUUAGAGUGGGACAAUAACCUAUUAAACACUACUAAUUUGUCAGAUUUUAGUGAAAAUUGUUCAUUGGGUUAUACUGGGUCUGAAUACUCUGGAAACGAGUUUUGUGUCCCAGAUGAUAAAUACAACACUAAAUUUCAAGGUAAAUUAUACUUCAAAGAUCUUCAAGAUAAAUUCUCUAAAACUUAUCAGUACAAUUUGACAUGGAAUUUUAAAACUCGUAAUGAGGAAUACUUGGAUGAAAAAUGUCCAUAUAAAUGGAAAUUUGAUCCUAACACCUCACUAUGUCUUUCACCUCCUGACUAUCAAGGUCCUUGUCAGAUUAGGGUUAAUUUUACGAAGUUUGAUAGGAAAUUGAAGAACAUUUGGGCCAACGUUUGCUUGGUUGAUUUUUACCCAAAUGAGCAGAUCGCACCAAAACCAAACGCUCCAACUCAGAAAUUUUACAAAGAUGGAGCUAUUGAGCCGGAGCUUAAAAUUGUUAAAAAGAGCCAAAUUAAUGAACUCAACACUCCAAUUGACGUGUUACAACGACAAUUAAAAGAAUUAUACAAACUUAGAAAAUUGUCACACGAUGAUAAUUUCUUAUCAACACUUCAAUAUACAAUUGAUAAAUUGGAGAAGAAAAUAAUCGGACCAAGUUUCCUUCAAAUUUCAUCGAAUAUUGUUAAAAAUAAACACAAUUGUCCAUAUAAUUGGGAUAAGUAUGAGAACAUAUGCAUAGCACCAAAAAGUUAUCAAUUUUUUGUACCAAAUUGCUUUACCAUCAUUAGUCGCUACAAUCUCAAAUCCAACUCCACAUGCAGAUUACAAUUUGAUGAGAUGAUGGACGAAGAUUAUGUACGAGAGCCUUGUCCUGAGGGCUGGAAAAUUGAGCGGAAGUUGGAUGGGAAGAUUUUGCGUACUAUUUGCAGGGCUAAAAUGGGUGAAAUUAAGCACAAUUUCACUCAAUGUGGUACAAAAGUGGAUUUUACUAAUAUUUCUCCUAAUUUUAAGAGGAUUUGGGCCUUCACUUGUAACGCUAAGUUUCCACCAAGAUCCCCUGACACACAACUCAAAUGCAAAGAAAACUAUUUCAAGAAGUGUCCUUAUGGUUGGAAAGAGGAAGCUGAAAGUUGUAUAGCUCCAAAUACUUAUAAUGGCCCAUGUGACAAAUUCGUCAAGCUUAGCCAAAUCGCAACUCCAGAACUGAAGAAAACUUUCAGUCAAAAAUGCUUAGCUUUCUGGGACUGCUUAGAUAAUUGUGAAAAAGAUUAUUCUCAAGUAUGUCCUAAGGAUUGGAAAUGGGACAAUAAUAAAUGCAUAGCAGCUUAUAAAUAUGAUUUUCCUUGUAAAAAUGAGUUUAAACCACCAAAAGUUUGGAAUGAACUUUCUAAGCAAGAAUUUGAAUUCACCUGUCAAGCUUACUGGCCUUGUAAAUUAUAAUACCAAAC